AUGUCUCGCUUCGACUCUCACGACAUCCAUCCACCCCCCGGCCUUCUGAUCAACCGCUCUGCGAUGGACUGUGAUAUCCGUCGACUGUACUCCUCAUCCACACCCGUCAAUCAUUCAGCGGCGUCGCUGGAUCGACAGAACUCUCAGCUCUAUACUACGGAUAUUAGUCACGGCAAUUCAACACUCUCCCCCGCAUACGGGAUCCAUGACAAAGAUUACAUGGGUCUCUCCCGCGUGGUUGACGGUUGGACUGCCGCGGUAAAUAGGAACGCGGGCACUUUAACCAGUCCACAAAUUCAGCACGUCUUCUCCCCAAACCACAGCCGUCCAUCCCCUUCCCUUAUAACAGGUCCUUCGCCUCCUAGCCACACAUCAUCACCAGCCUAUUAUAGCAACUCCUCCGAAGCUGAGCGGGAUAGCUCAUUGACUCGCUCAUACAUCCAGCCCACCCCGUCUAUCCCACAGUCCAGCACAGCUUCCUCCAUAGGAAAUGCCAGCUUCCGCACCGAUAUACCUCGUUCGACCCUGUGGUGGGGAGGACUCGAGCCUUGGAUGGACGAAGAAUACGCAAAGCAGGUUUGUAGCUUGAUGGGUUGGAUUCCCGUCAAUGUCAAGGUACCCAGUAGCAGUGAAGACCCCUCCGGCCAGCAAGCCAACAAUCCUGGCUACUGUUUCUUAGCGUUCGCGUCUCCUGCUAUUGCAGCCUCUGCCCUUGACCAAGUCAACGGAGUCGGCGGUUCCAAGCCCGUCCUGAUGCCCAACUCGAACAAACCCUUCAUGCUGAAUUGGGCGUCUUCUGUUUUGGGUUCUCUGAUGCCCCCCACCCUUACAUCAUCAAGCCUCAUCUCACCUGGGCCUCAACAGCAGUACCAGAAGGAGUAUAGCAUCUUCGUCGGUGACUUGGCUCCAGAAACAUCAAACUCGGAUUUGGUCGCCGUCUUCCGCAAUCCACUACUUGGCUUACGGAACGACCGUGAACCCAAAUUCAUCCGCCCCUUCCUCAGCUGUAAAAGCGCCAAAAUCAUGCUUGACCCUGUUACAGGCGUUUCAAGGGGAUACGGCUUCGUCCGAUUCACUGACGAAGCAGACCAACAGAGAGCACUAGUCGAAAUGCAUGGCCUUUAUUGUCUGUCUCGCCCCAUGCGGAUAUCACCUGCAACAGCCAAAUAUAAGCCACCCCAACCGCAGAUCCCAUUAAACCUUCCGACUGUGCCAUACCCGUUGUUACCCCAAGCUGGCGAGCAGCGGUCGAACCCAACGGUAUCCGUACCACCCUCGUCUGCGAACCGAGCCAGAAGUGUCUCCUCUCCUAUUGCUGCGUCUAUCUGUAGUGGAUCGUCGUCAUCCACUAGCACUCCCGUUGUGGUUGCCAGCCCUGGUACAGUACUGAAGGACUCGGCCUCCGUGCCGCCCACUGGCACCACGUCGAGUAACGGCGUUUCAUCCGGUGUUUUGUCUCCGCCGUCAUCAGAAGAUGUCCUAGGUAUAUCUUCUCCCACCGCAGCCCUUUAUGGAACGGUGUCUUUGAAGGGACACGCUGCUACAGGCACUUCGUUGCUGCCCUCCAGCUAUCCGCAUGGUUCUCAUGAACAGAACUCUCUUCCGCGGUAUAAUUUCUCUGAGGAGUCGUGGAAACACCAUGCUCAAGCACGCGCCAUCCUCGGAAAUUUGAUUGGGCCGAACGGCGAGCAACUCACUUCCACAGACCCUUACAAUACCACUGUCUUUGUUGGUGGACUGUCCCCUUUGAUAUCAGAAGACACCCUGCGAACUUUCUUCGCGCCCUUUGGUGAUAUUCACUACGUUAAGGUUCCCGCUGGGAAGCACUGCGGAUUCGUUCAGUUCGUACGAAAGGCUGACGCAGAAAGGGCUAUCGAGAAGAUGCAAGGAUUUCCGAUAGGCGGGAGCAGAAUACGAUUGAGUUGGGGAAGGAGUCAAUAUAAAGCUGCACAGGCCGCUGCACAAGCUGCGCAGACAGCUGCUCUUCAGGCCCAACUUCAAGCCCAAAUGCCCGCAAAUCUGACUACACCCCUGUCUUCCGAACAGGCCCUCCAACUUCUGCAUAAAUUGGGCAUUUCCAGCUUUGGUGGCCAGACUGGAGCUAACGGCCAAGAUAUGGAAAAUACUGGCCACGUCGGUUCGAAGGGUGCAAAUGGUAGCGUUGAGGAAAAGCCUUUCUGCGCGAACCAGGUUCGACCAGACGGCAUGAUUUCCACUCCUUUUCAUGAUGCGUUCUCCAACUCCUACGUGCCGCAUUCCAUGGCCACGGGUGCAGUGGAUUACCAGCGUCACAUGCAACCGCAUUUCUCCUCGUCGUUCUCAACUUUCUCCCCAUUUUCACCUGAUCCUGGUGCUCUUCUGCUUGAAAACCGGGGGAACCAAUCUAAAGAACUUUCUGCGUUGGACGCAAUUGCUCACGCGGAGCACGUCAGAGGAUUUGAUUCGAUGGCUCCGGAUAGCGACAAAGUUGCGGAAUUCUUGAGAGGUUCUAUUCGAAUGCCAAAUAGUCCCCAGAAGCUUGGAACGUAUUUUGAUCGUUCGCCUCCUCGUCAGGAGCCUAUCUCUCGGCCAAACUCCGGUCAAACGUCGUCCCAAGGUCACUCCAGUCAAUGUGACCCGAAGGAGGAGCACGAACCUAUACAUGAUCUUAAUGGCACUCUCGCAAGUCUGAACUUGGAUCAUAGUAACCCAUGGAAAACCUCCAAAGAAGGCUCCGACAUGCAAGUACGGGGCUCUUGA